UGUAGAUUGAUGACUAGUGAAGGGGAAAUUCGUUCCAUCCUUGGCCGUGCGCUGGAUGCCGAUGAGGCGGGCAAAAAGGAUGAAGCGAUCGAUCUGUAUGGACAGGCGGUGGAAAAGAUCCUUCGGCUGGAGGAUCGCGAGAAGCGGGAGAAGUUGAACAAGUUCGCCAAACAGGCACUGGACCGGGCGGAGGAGCUGAAGGGCAUCAAAUACACGGGACAGGUUGUUCAACCCAAACAACAGCAGCAGCCGUCCGUGAGUCAUUCACCAACAAACUUACAGCCAGUGAAAAAUAGUAGCGGAUUAGCCAGUCCAUCACGCGCGGGACCCACGCUGGAGAUCAGUGGCAACCGGCAUGCCUACACAAACGAGGAAAAAAAAGUACUCGAGCACACGUCGCACAUUAACGCGAAAGUGUACGUCCCCUUUAUGGAUAUCGAUCUGCUGGAAAAGUUCCACUUCCCGAUGCCCUUCACCGAUAAGGACGGCAUGCUGGAGCUGGCCCCGAAACAAAAGCGUGACUUUGUGGGUUGGACACGCGUUAGUGAGCUGAGCGAGACGCCGCAGCUGAUUGUCGGUGACCAUGCGGACUUUUACAGCAUCCGGCAGACGGUCGUAUCGGACUGCAGCUUUGUGGCGUCGCUUGCCGUUGCGUCACAGUUUGAAAAGAAAUUUAAACGCCGAAUACUUACCUCCAUCAUCUAUCCGCGCAACAGCAAGGAUGAGCCGAUUUACAACCCGAGCGGCAAGUACACGGUACGCAUGCACGUGAAUGGAAUACCGCGGAAGGUGGUGAUUGAUGAUUAUCUGCCGUUGGGUCGGUACAAUCAGCUGCUCUGUUCGUAUUCGAGCAAUAAGAACGAGUUUUGGGUGUCGUUGCUGGAGAAGGCGUACAUGAAGCUGAUGGGAGGGUAUGACUUCCCAGGCUCGAACAGUAAUAUUGAUCUGCACGCACUGACGGGUUGGAUACCGGAACGAGCGUUGGUCAAAUCAACCGAACCCGAUUUUAAUGCCGACGCUGUAUUUAAUCGACUGCAGGAAGGGCUUGCUAUGGGUCGUUGCUUGGUAACUGUCGCUACCGGUGAGCUGACAGACGCGGAAGCCGAACGUACCGGGCUCGUUUCUACGCACGCUUACGCCGUGCUGGAUAUGCGUGAGGUGGAUGGUGUGAAGCUGCUGCAGCUGAAGAAUCCUUGGUCACAUCUGCGCUGGCGUGGCAACUAUUCCGAGCUGGAUGCGGUCCACUGGACGCCGGAACUACAGCGAACGCUUGGAUACGAUCCAAAAAUGGCGGCCACGUACGAUAAUGGCGUGUUUUGGAUCGAUUAUCGCUCGAUUAUGAACUUUUUCGAUGUGUUUUACCUCAACUGGGAUCCGGCACUGUUCCAGUACACCUACUGCAUCCACCAGUCGUGGAGUGCGGGUGUCGGCCCAACCAAGGACGCUUACAAUGUGGGCGAUAAUCCUCAGUUUAGCCUAACGGUACCGGCAGGCCGGGGAUCGGUAUGGAUACUGCUAACUCGGCACAUCACCAGCAUUGAAGACUUUCGCGAAAAUCACGAAUACAUUACGGUGCUGGUGUACAACAGCAACGGUAAGCGUGUGUAUUAUCCAACCGAUCCACCACCGUACAUUGAUGGAGUGCGCAUCAACAGUCCACACUAUCUGUGCAAGAUCCGGCUCGAUCCGGCUGCCGAACGGCGGUACACGCUGGUGGUGUCCCAGUAUGAAAAAACGGCCACCAUCUACUACUCGCUGCGGGCGUACAGUCGUACGAAGUUUGAGCUGAAACAGCUCGGUCCGCGGUACACGACGGUGGAAAAUCUAAACGGUGAAUGGAAGGGCAAAACAGCGGGCGGUUGCCUCAAUCAUCCGCUGACGUACAAAAACAAUCCACUCUACCGGUUGCACAUCGGGCCGGCCGAUACGAGCGAGCUGGUGAUCGAGCUGCGCGGUCCGAAGGUGUAUCAGGUGGGAUUGGAUCUGACGGUCGUUUCCCUGUCGGAUGAAACCGUCACCGCACCGUUUGUGUCGCAAAAAACUGGCGUCUAUCGGUCCGGGUUCUGUGUGCUCGAUCUGCAAGGCAUACCGGCCGGUGUGUAUCAGGUGCGGCCGUCCACUUAUCAGCCGGAGCAGGAAUCGCCGUUCUUUUUGAAGGUGAAGUCAACGACGAACGUGGUGAUAGAGAAGGUUAAUUGAAUA